AUGUCAUCCAUGGCCCUGGUCUCCCCAUCAUGUUGCCAAGUUGAUGCCAAGUUGUUGCCAAAUGCGACCCCAGACUCGGAGACAGGGGUGGAAAAAGACAAGACGAACCAUUUUACCCCGCUGUCGGCCCGUAUUCUUUGGAGCGUUUAUUUCACGAACCAAGGAACCCCUCGGUGUUUCCAACGUGUCAUUGACGCACCAAAGAGGCUUGUUAAUAAGCGCUUCCUGGAGAAGCGCAACGCUUUUUGCGGCUUGGAGUGGCAGAUCAUGAAGCUAUUGACCUCCCUUGCGUCAACGGCUUUCUCGGUAGGAUUGACGGAUGGUUUCUCCAUCAUUCAAUUCUUGCUGCCUGGUGACAAAUUGGCAAUCGCAGAGAGCAAUGCAAACGUUUGGAGUCAAGCUGAUGCCACGCGCUCAACUAUGCCUGCGCUGAUCUCCCGUCCGAAUGUUCUUGGCAGGAGCCGAGCCAAUCAUGGACGCAGUGAGAAGAUUUCGACAGCUGAGAUCCAGCAAAGCUUUGGCGAGACCACCCAUUCGACAAGUUUAUUGAACUAG